AAUCUGUACAACUCCCUCCUCGCAAAAAUGAAUCUGUACAACUCCCUCCUCCAAAAAAAGAUCCUCCUCCUCAAAAAGUACAUGGACAGCAAUAUGUUUCUACACCACUCAUUCAGAUCGAUGAUGCAGAGCAGGACACUUCACGUAUCAACAAUCUUUUAGAUUUUAGUGCACCUUCUCCUACUAAAGAGUUUUCUGAUGAUUCUAGCACUACCAAUAAUUCAAAUGAAAGCGACGAUUCUGACUCAGAAUAUUUUGAUAUUCAAAAUAUUGAUGCAAAUAAAAAUUCUAAUUUUAGCGCACCUUCAAAUGAAAACGACGAUUCUAUCUACGAAUCUAUUGACAUUCAAAAUAGUGGUGCAAAUAAAAAUUCGAAUUUUAGCGCACCUUCAAAUGAAAACGACGAUUCUGUUUCAGAAUCUAUUGACAUUCGAAAUAGUGGUGCAAAUAAAAAUUCCAAUUUAGGUAGUUCUAAUACUAUCAAUAUUUCAAAUGAAAAUGACGAUUCUGCCUCAAAAUAUUUCAAUAUUCGAAGUACUGGAGCAGCUAAAAAUUCUAAUUUAGGUAGUUCUAAUACUAUCAAUAUUUCAAAUGAAAACGACAAUUGGGCCUCAGAAUAUAUCAAGAUUCGAAGGAAUGGUGCAACUAAAAAUUCAAAUUUAGGUAGUUCUACUU